CUUACAUGUAGUCCGUUUAAACUUGCAGCUUAUAUUUGCUGAGUGUUGUGAAACUACGUUUUAAAAUCAAUUCCUGUGUGAAAUAUAUUUAUUCAUGUGAUUUUUUCUCUCUAAAAAUGAAGAAUAAUAUGGAGAUAUUUUAAAGAAAGGAAUAUAGAAGUAUUUGGAAGUGAAUAAUUUAAGAGAAAUUAUUUCUCCUAGUGCCUAAUCAAUAUAAAAUGUAGCUCAGGAAUAUUUUAUCUAUCAGGUAGAUUUGGGCUGACUACUAUUAAUGUCGGGCAAAAGGGAGCUGAAAGAAUUACAGCAGCUGAUUGGCUACAUCAAACAGUCCUCAACCAAUCAGCAGCUACCUUCCAUCCCGUCGAGCAAUGAUUCAAGGUCAAUCUCAUCCCAAUGGCCGACCCCGUCAGCCAAGGUCAAAGGUCAAGGCAGUCAGCUGGCAGAGGGUGCAGCUCUCCAGCAGUUUGGGACGAAGUACCAUGCUGAGCGAACCUUUAGCCGCCUGUCACACCAUGACAGAUUCCUGGAGCUUUUCUCAAUCCUCAUACAGAACAGACUCUGUAGCAGCGAAUGGAUGGACCGAGCACCAGCAGACGGUAUCCUGCGUGUGUUGAUGUGCCUCCGUAUCCUAAUGCGCGACUCGACAUACCAGAAGCGAUUCUUUGAGCUGGGUGGGGUUGGGCAGAUGGCUGCAUACUUUGAGCGAGCAACCAGCAGUUACCUGUACUACGGAGAAACGCCGUGUAUGGUCGAUAUACUGAAGGAGAUGACCAACAUAUUCCAGAAGCUUUCAUCCGUGGUUGAGCAACAGGAAGGGCUGGUUUCAUGCGGGGCUCACAAGUCUCUGGUUUUGCUUCUGUCAUCCAAUGAUGUGGUUGUCCUCCACUGUUCUCUGCUGGCUCUUAUCUGUCUGGCUCAGAGCCCUGGUCCUAGGCGUUCAAUCGGAGAGUUAAACUGUGUUGAACAACUUCUAACCAUCAUACAGGAUUAUGAUAAUGUCUCUAAAAAGCAUGCCACCAGGUUGCUAUGCCUACUCUGCCAGGACCUACAAGUGAAGGACGCAAUCAAACUUCACGAUGGGAUUCCAAUCCUCCUCAGUCAGUUAGUGUCGGACAAUGCGAACAUGUUGUACCAGGUGAUCUGGUGUAUUGCAAACCUCUGUGUUGACCCAGAGAUCAGUAUGAAUGUCAGACAGAUCGGAGGCAUUCCGCUCCUGCUCUCUCUGCUGCAUGACCGUAGUUUUGUCUCUGAAAGAAACGAGGCCAGUGGAUGUGCAAGUGCUAGCAUUCACAGUCGCACAAACAACCAGGAUGAGGUUUUUGAUUUUUCAUCAACGAACAAAAGUGCAAAGACAAAGGCUGAUGAAUUUAUGGAAACACAGUACAAGUUAAAGCAAGCCUGUUGUACAGCCCUCGCCGAGCUGGUGCUCAACGACACAAAUGCUCAUCAGAUUGCCCAGGCCAACGGUGUGUUCACACUGGGGCUGUUGAUUUUACCUCCCUCACAGGAGUGCUCGCACAGGGAAAAGAAAGCAUCCACACUCCUUCAGCGGUUUGCAUUUCGUAGCUUACGUUUCCUGUUCAGUAUGGAACGAAAUAGGCGUCUAUUCAAGAAACUAUUUCCAGCAGACCUGUAUACAAUGUUCAUCGAUAUCGGACACUAUAAUCGAGACUUAUCGGCCUACAAACCAUUGGUGCAAAAGAUAAACAGCCUUCCGAGUGACAUUGUGGAUUCUAUACGUGAGAAUAUCUGUGAAAUGAAUCAGAAUCGGACUCCGACGCAUUAUGUCAAGGACUAUGCAGUGUUUGAGCAUCUAGGUCGGGGAGCUUUUGGGAGUGUAUAUAAAGUGAGAAAACGUGGUGGACAGACAUUUGUGGCUCUCAAAGAGAUUGACAUGAAGAAUCCAGCAUUUGUGAAGCCCAGUGGAGACAGGGAUAAGAGUAUAGUGGAUAUGAUCAGUGAACUUCAGAUCAUGCGACAGGGAAUACGCCAUCCCAACAUCGUACGAUACCACAAAACCUUCCUUGAAGGCAGUACACUAUUCAUCAUAAUGGACCUAAUAGAGGGAGCUCCCCUGAGUGACCACUUUAAUUCCCUGAAGGAAAAACAUGACCGCUUUACAGAGGCUCGGACCUGGAACAUCCUCAUUCAGAUGCUACUGGCCCUCCGCUAUCUUCACAAGGAUAAGGGCAUUGUGCACCGGGACCUGACGCCAAACAAUAUCAUGUUGGGCGAGAAUGAUAAAGUCACGAUAACUGACUUUGGCCUUGCAAAGGUGAAGGGCACAGACACAAGUAAGAUGACCUCACAGUGUGGAACCAUCCUCUACUCCUGUCCGGAGAUGGUAGAGGGAGCCCCAUACACAGAGAAGGCAGAUGUAUGGGCCCUGGGUUGUAUUAUCUACCAGAUGUGCGUCCUGGACCCACCAUUCUUCAACACCAACAUGCUCACCUUAGUCAAAAAUAUUGUGGAAGGAGUGUAUAAGCCUAUCCCAGAUGGCCUCUACUCAGACAGACUGGUCGGCAUCGUUAAAAGUUGCAUCUGCCCGAACGCAGAUCGACGACCCGACACGGUUGAGCUGGCAUCCGGAAUGUCUGACCUGGUCCUUCGUCAUAUGGACACCCUUCAGCAAACACAGUCAAACCUACAGAGAAAACUGGACCGGGAACGAAGGAAAACACAAAAGCACUUUGUGGAGGCAAACCAAUGUAUGCAGAAAUAUCAUCGUCUAUUUGUCUCCCCCGAGCAUUAUGACAAGCUCUCCAACCUUGGAGGUAGUGGAGGUGCCGUUGGCUUUAAGGAGGGAUUGAAUGACAGUGCGUAUGACUCGCAAAUAUCCCCUUCUGUAAAUAGUCCUGAGGAUACUGAACAAGGUGGCUGGACUUCAGAUGAUGACUCCUGUCCCAGUAGCGAGUAUGAGUCACAGAGUCGGGAGAGCAGCGCAGGCAGCAGUCGAGGGGGACAGGGGGGCGUGGUUAGACGGAACAAGACUCUCUCACAGUUACCCCCAGUCCCAACCCCCCGUGCGGGAUCUGCUGGGAGGGAUGUGUACUCACAGCAGCUCACUGUAGACAUACCACAUAGCUCUAAAAUCAGUCGAGACUCAGGGUUUGGAUCAGGUGACCCGUCACCAAUUUCUGUCAACUCCCCUGCCAGUCACGAGGACACACGCCGAUACCUACGCUCCAACAGCACACCCGUCGCGGUGAACGGUCGUGGGAAAAAGGCCGGCAAAUCAAGUAAGAGACCGAAGAGUGCCAACACUUUGACGAUAUCCAACCGGCAUGUUCGUCAGGUCAACGACCCGAUAUCCCAGAUGCUGCAUACGCUGCACAAGAUCAUCUACAUCUCCCAGCUGCCCCCAACCUUGAACCCAAACCCCAAACGACGGGUGAUCGAGCGAUUCAAAAGGGCCCUUUUCGCUCCUCAGAGCUCUUCUGUUAACUUGAAAGGAGAGCUUCAUAAACUGAACACUGGAUCUAGAGACGUCAUUGAUUUGAACCUGGGUCCAUUUGGAGAGCGGAUCAAUUCUGCAGGUUCAGACCUCAGUCUGGGCUCCGGGAGUCGGAGAGGAUCCACCUCUAGUAUUGGCUCCACAGAUGGGAACUGGAUUGGAUCCGCAGAAAGGAACCGUGCUGGCUCUGGAGGAGACCGACGACAACGGAGUAUUAGUCAGCGGAGGAACGGAUCAGUUUCCAGGGGAAAAUAUUCGUCAGUGAGUUCCAGAGAGAGCUCAUCAGAGAAACGAAUUGGGUCUGCUGGUUCAGACUCGGAUUCUUCGAUGAGCUCGACUUUGAAAGGAACUGAUACACCUCGUUCGCUUAACUCAACAUUAAAAGCGGCAGAAACUCCGAGAACUAUGAACAUUGAUCUUUCGGUAUCAAACAUGGACCACGAUGACAGUAUUACGUAUGAGCAGCUCCAGUCCAUGAUUGAGACCGUCUUGGUGGAGUGCGGCUACUAUAGCACUGCCAAGGAAUCAAGGGAGAAAACUCCUCCCAUGGCUUUCUUCCUCUCGGAGUCGAUCAGAAGCAGACUGAGCUAACAUUUUUGCUUGAAGUAUUACUGACCCAGUAUAUUAAGAAAUUUCUGUAAGAAAUACAUUUGAAUGAGGAUUGUUAAUCAUGUUUUUACUACCUGGGUAUUUGGUAUAGUAUUAUGGGUAUACUGACAAUUAUUUGCACAUGUAUGUAAACCUAUCCAUUUUCAAAGUGAAAUAUAAUAAUCACAAUCAUUCAAAAAUUCAACAAGUGCUGAUAUUUUUUUAUCAAAACCAUGUUAUGCAUAGCUGUUAGCUACUGGUAUAUGAUUUUUCUAGCAUAGAUGUAGAUGUUAGCUACUGGUAUAAGAUUUCGCUAGCAUAGUUGUUAGCUAUUGGUAAUAAUAAGCUUGCUUCAAAGAAAAAGCAUAACAACAGAAUUGUUUGGUACAGUCUUCCCGAAAUGUGCCAGUCGGCCAGACAUGUCCGGCAAAUUUUGUACUAGUCCGGCAGGUCUUCCAAAAAUGACAGUCCAAACAUCGCCAAAAGUCCGGCUUUUCCGAAAUGCAAUCAUGAUGUUGAUUGCCAGGGAUAAACGAGUAAAUACAUUGAUUGGCUUGGUUUGCAACAAGGUAAAGUCAAAAUCGUCAGUACUCAAUAUGCUUCGUCAUUGGUCAAAAUGGCGGCGGUUGGUGGAAUUACCAAAAAAACGGAAAGCACCUAAAUGGUGGUGGUGUUUAAAUAUUUUUUCCGAGAGCAAUUGUGGUUAUUUUAACUAAAUGACAUGUGUAUUUAGUGUUUUUAAGGUGGUUAUACGUGAAUUAAAUCAGGAAAGCAUUUAAACCAGUUGACAUUCAUUUUUUUUCUCUUUUUGUAUACUAUGUAAUAACAUAUUUGUUCGGACAGGAAAAAACUUCCGGUAGACAGGCAGAAUUUUUACAAUUUCGGGAAGACUGUUGGUAUGGCCCAUGAUAGAAAAUUUGUUGACAUGAUUUAUUACAAUGAUAUGUUGUUAUUUUAUGUAAAUUAGUUGCUUCAAUGCAAAGCAGUCUUAAUUUAUUGGUAGUGUUGUUAGUAAUUAUUACAGAUAUAUAAUCUAUUGAAAUAUUUAUUUGUGUUGAUUAAUUUAUUUGUUUAAUGUAAAUAUCAAAAUGCUAUAAAUUAUUUUCUAGAAUAUUCAAUGUUUAAUGUAAACUAUAUCAAAAUGCUAUAAAUAAUUUAUUUUCUAGAAUUCCUAUUUAUUCUUUGUCAGAUAAUUUUUUUAUUAGCUAUGUGAUAUUUCAAAGGUUAUCCUCGAUAUCAUAAACAUGUAUAUUUGUCGGCACAAAAAUUUCUUCUUUUUUUUUCAAAAAUAUUCAUUUAGACUCUAUAUUCAACGUACAAUAUGCCAUACGAUUUGGAUGUUGGAAAGUAAACAUAUAUGUAUUAAUUAGAGAAAAAAUUCUUUUCAGGAUCUUAAAUUUGUGGUUGCCUCUUUUCAUAAAAUUCAUGAAAAUUAAUGUCCCACAAAUAAAUAUGAUUUCACAGUAAAUGGUUAGCAAGUAAUGCCAAGUUUCUUGUUAGUGAUUGAGAUUCGUAGCAUGCAUCAUCAUAAUAUGUCUUAAAGUUGAUAUGUCAUUGACUAUUUUUUUAUCCAAUUAUUGAACAAAAUAAUGAAGAACAUCUAUCAUCAUAAAUUCAAACUUGGGUCAAAUCAUAAAGGAAAUCUUUCACAUUAAAUUGCAAUUUUUAAAAAUUAUUCUUCCAUUUUGGUGAAGGGUUAGGCUAUUUUAUUCAUGCCUUGCAACCAUCAAGAAAAGUACUGUAUAAUGUUCAAAACUUCACUGCAGCCUUGGUCAUAUUUUGAAAAGUUAAGAGUAAUUAAAAAUGAUUAGGAUAAAAAAUUUAUAUAUCAUUCAGUAUGUGAUGUUACUGCAAUGCGGAUUUUUAGAGAAAUGAUGGAAAUGCUUGAACAAUUGAUUUGAUUAAUCUUCGCACUUUCGCAUUAGAAAAAAUACAUUUCCCUAUAGAUAUACCAAUAUUCCUAUAACACAUCAUAAUUUGGUAAAAAUAAAAACAGUAUUUAAUUCAACAGAAUUGUCAUCAUUUUCAACAUUUCCCUGAAAAGCUUCAAUCCUGUAACAACAUGUACCCAUGUGAAGUCAGUGGAGGUGCUUGCAGUAAAUUUCAAAGGUGUUUCCCUGUUCCCCACUAAGAAGGAUGCUUUGAUAUCGGCUUUUUUGUCUGAAUUCAAGGAUAUGUAGAGAAAAAAACAAUUCAUUAAUUAUAACUAUUUAUUUGUGUAUAAAUAUAUGAAAAAAAACACAUCUUACAUGUUAUGUUUUUGAUUCUUAUAUAAACUUUGUUUUUGCAUGUAUGAUUUUCAAUCAUAAAGUAUUAGAGCUUUGAAAGCCAGUUUUGAAUGCCGUCCUAUUAUUUACCCGCCUAACCAAUGUUGUGCUAUAAUGUGUUUAUUGCAUAUCCACUUGUUUUAUUCCAUUUUUGCCUUAAGUCAUUUGAUGCAAUAAGAAUUUUGUCUAACCAUCUGUGUCUUUGAGACAACUUUUUGGUUUGUAUUUAUUAUUUAUUUUGAUCUUAUUAUGAGUUUAACCUAACAUAAAAUGUGAAAUAAGUUAUUAAAAUAUUCCAAUCCUCUGACAUUUUACAAAUAAAAAAAGUAGUUUGGCCUUAAUACAGGACUGAGUCUCAAAAAGACAUUUGACAAGAAGGUUUUUUAGCCUCUCAUUUAGUCCUAUAUGUUGUCUUUAAUUACAGAAUAUCAUAAAUGUGUUUGGAAGAAAUAAAACAAUAAAAUUGUACGCCAAACUAUUGAUUGAGUGGCCUCAUUUUGAAAUAUUUCCAAUCAUUAUUCAGCUUGUUUUAUUGCAGUAAUUAUAAUAAAAGUAUACAUAUUCAGGUACCAAAUUAUUGAAUGAACACUUAGAUCAUCAUCUUAAAAGGGUUGUUUCUAGAUGGCAUUGUAUGUUUAGUUUGAACUAAACAAAUCAUUUGGCACUCAAUUUGCAAAGACUAAUCUGAAGUCCCUUAUAACAGAAUCAAUCUAAGCCUGCAAGUUUUGUUUUAGGAUCAGUAAAGGUUUUAAAGGAAAUUGGACCAGUAGAGCUUAAGAUAUCUCAAAUCAUAGGGGCCAGAAUGCCGCUAUCUCAAAUCAUAGGGACCAGAAUGCCGCUAUCUCAAAUCAUAGGGGCCAGAAUGCCGCUAUCUCAGAUCAUAGGGGCCAGAAGGCCGCUAUCUCAAAUCAUAGGGGCCUGAAGGCCCCUUACACAGGUUUACUUAUGUUAUGCUCAUACAUUGUAUAAAAUUUUAUGUAAAAGUCUUGGUCAUUGCCGACUUUAAACUUAAUUCUGUCUCUUAUCAUUGCCGUCCAUACCCGAAAUGAGAACAUAUUUACAUGUUUAUAUUUUGUGUUUACAUUGUAUUAUAUAUUCAAAUAGCUUUGCAUGUACUUUUUUAACUUUUUUAUUAUACAUUCUUACAUUCCAAAUAAUUAUUUUAUCAUUUUGUCAUGCACACUUAUAUUUAUAUUAUACAGGUGAAACCCGUUGGCUCGAUAUUGCUUGGCCUGAUAUCCUUGUUGCUCGAACCAAUUUUGAUUAACUUUGUGUAAGCAUUCCCGCUUGGCUCCAUAUUCGCAAGGCUUGAAUUAUAUUGGCCAGAUUCUGGGAUAUCGAGCCAACAGGUUUCGACUGUAUAUAUUUUAAAAUUAAAUUAUUAUCAAACUUUGAAAAGUUUAUCUAAGCCAGUAAGUUAUGGAAAUAUCUGGCUAGUAUUUUAAAUUGGUAAUGAAUGAAAACGUUGAAAGUGAAAUGGUUGAAAAGUAAACAUGUUUGGUAUGUCAUUGGAUUUUUAAAGAGCACUAUAUUUCUUAUGUAAUAUCAUUGAUGAUUGUAUAUACACAUUCCUGUCAGAAAUGUUAGUCUAAGAAUAUUGUUAUUAAUAUAUUACGUUAAUUAUUUGUGACAUAUAUAUUUAACUUGAAAAGUUAUGGAACUAUUUGAUCCAA